AUGUUUUCCUUCUUUGGCUGGGGCUCCAGCUCCAACUCCGACUCAAAUGUCCCCAAGACCCAAGAACAACCCUCCACAACACCAACUCAAACACAAACACCUCAAUCAACCAAUCCACCACCCUCAACAUCGACACAACUAGAGCAGCGAUCCACACCUCGCGAUAACACGAACCUCAAACUCUUCCUUGGCGGUAUCGCCUUCUUCUCAGCUUCUGUCUGGAUCACCCGCCGCGCGAGCAUCAAAAAGCAGCUUGCAUGCAUUCCUCCUUUCUACUCCAGCUCAAUAUACUUCCAACCGAAAGUCAAUGGCGCCGGUGAAGCCUUCGAGGCACUCAAUCUGGCUACUAUCAAUGUUCUUUCCUUCGGCAUGAUGACCACCGGUGCUGCCAUGUACGCGCUCGAUAUCAAUAGCCUUGACGAUGCGAGGAGAUUUAUGAGAGUUGCGAUGCAGGGAAGCAUUGAUGAAACUGGAAAAUCUGAUGAGCAGCUCGAGGCUGAUGUGACGGAGUGGGUUACUAGCUUGCUUGGAGAUCGGUUCCAGAAGCAGCUCGAGAAGGAGCGUGCGAAGAAGCAGCCUCAAGCGGAGGCUGGCAAUGACGAGAAGAGCAGUUGA